AUGACUGAAGAAAAGAAGAGAAAGCUCGACACAAACGGCACAGCCCGCCGUUUUGCCGAGGUCAAGCGAGUCACCAAUGAGACAAAGAUCCAGAUCGUGUUGAGUCUGGACGGAGGCCCCAUCGCGCUGAAGGAGUCGAUCUUGGACAAGGACUACGAACAUGCUUCGCAGGCGACCUCGGCCCAGGUCAUCUCUGUGAACACGGGGAUUGGAUUUUUGGACCACAUGAUCCACGCCCUGGCCAAGCACUCGGGUUGGUCGCUGAUAGUGGAGUGCAAGGGUGAUCUGCACAUCGACGACCACCAUUCGGCCGAGGACGUGGCUAUCGCCUUGGGAGAGACUUUCAAGCAGGCUCUGGGAUCAGUCAAGGGCGUGAAACGGUUCGGCCACGGCUACGCGCCCCUGGACGAGGCCCUCAGUCGUGCGGUUGUGGACCUCUCGAACAGACCGUACGCGGUGAUCGAGCUCGGACUGAAAAGAGAAAAGAUCGGAGACCUCAGCUGCGAGAUGAUUCCACACGUUCUAGAGAGUUUUGCAACCAGUGCACACAUCACGCUGCACGUGGACUGUUUGCGCGGGUUCAACGACCACCACCGCAGUGAGAGUGCGUUCAAGGCGCUCGCCAUCGCUAUCAGAGAGGCCAUCUCGUACACAGGCAGAAACGACGUGCCCAGCACCAAGGGUGUGCUCAUGUAA